AAGAAAAUCUGCCGUCUCGUCUGCUCCGCUCAUCUCGCUGCUGAACAGGGGAGGGGAGGGGAGGGGAGGGGCGCUGAUCUCCAUCUCAUCUGGCGAGGGGAGAGGAGGUGAUCCUGAUCUGGAAGAAGCUCUUCUCUUAAUUUCAGAGAGAGCCUUAACCUUAGUAACAGUUUGUUUGUUCCCCGAAAAGUUCCCAAGUUGGAUCCGCCCAUGAAUAAUCAAUAAAGCGAGAUGGACGAACCAUCAUCAUCAUCAUCAUCAUCAUAUCCAUCUUCCUCUGGUGGGAAAAAGAAGCGACCACGCUCUCCUGGUCACAGCGAUGAGCGUCCAGUGCACACAACCCAAAUAUACACAAGCAGCCUUGAGGACACCCUUACGUUCAGUGAUACCAUGAUUGCUCUUCAACUGAUGCGCACACAAUUCCCAAAGCUAGAGAAGGUUGUGACAGAACCAUUCAUUUUGCAGUCACAGUUGUAUAGUAGUGUGAAGGACAGGACACAAGUUGAUAGAGACCUUGAGUCCUUGAAGAAAGACAAAGUAUUGCGUGUAUUCAAACUCAAUACUGGGCAGGAUGAUCAUGCAAUCAUGUUCAUGGAUGAUUAUCUGAAACAGAUGGCGUUGGCAGUCAAGAGGUCAAGGGGUAAGGACCAAGAUGGUACUGAAGUUUUUGGGUGGUUUGAGAGAUAUGUUAUUCAUUUGAAGCUUGAAGUUAGCAUUGAUCAGCGCGAUCUGUUUUCUCUGUUAUCACUUGGAGGUGAUGUAACUGACAAACAUAUCACAUUACUGAUGAAUGCUGGUCUCUUAACUCGCCAAUUAAUUGAUCCAAACAUGUACUGGUUUUCUAUACCAAGUAUUGGUCCCGUCUUGAAAGGCCUAACCCAGGGAAGGAAGGAAAUUCUUUCAUUAUUGAACCGCAAGAAGUACAAGGAGAUGCUACUCUCUUCACUGGAGAAGACAAGAUUACGGUUUUCACCUCUUGAUGUGCGCUUUCACAUUCGCGACUUAAUUGGAUCUGGGCACAUAAAAACAGUUCAAACACCCACUGGUUUACUUGUUCGCAUAUCAAAAGAUUGAUAAAUUCGAGUUUUUAUUA